UCUUUCUUAAUUCCAAACCUGCAUUACAAUCGUUUUCACUCUCAUUCUUUCCUGUUUCGAUCAUCACACUUCUCUCUGAAACUCUGCGCGAUCAUCAUCAACCAUGGCGAAAUUGAAGAUUGCAGGAACAUGGUCAGGGAUUCUCGAAGACGUAGAGUUGGAGGCUUGGACAAUCGAAACGCUGCGUGAAGAGGUUGCAAAGCGAUCAAACUGUGCCGCUAACUCCAUCAAUCUCAUCUGCGCCGGGAAGAUUCUCAAGGACGCCGCCGAUGGAACCCAAAACCUCGCCCAAUUGGGUCUCAAGAACAACUCUAAGAUCCUCGCUUCUCGCCUCGCCGAUCAAACAUUCAUCGCUGAAGAAGAACGCUCUCGGAGGCUUGCCCGUAUCAGGACUGCUGUGUCUUCAAUGGCUGAAAGGCAUGCAGAUGGUUCACUACCUCUUGAGGACUUCAACAUAGAAGUUGAAGAUCAAAGUGGGAAGAAAGUACGUUUGGGAUCUGAGACUGAUCAGAGGGCAGUAAUGAUGGGAUUGAUGCUUCAUGCAAAGGGGAAGCGUCUUAUCAGACAGGGAAAUUACAAAGAUGCACUUGAAGUGCUUAUCAUGGGAGAGGAGUCAUUCUCUCUUUGUGAUCCAAAAGUCAUUGAGCUGAUUGACAAUGUUCCAAUACUGCAAAUAGACAUGGUGUGGUGCUACUUUAUGAUACGAGACAUCCGAUGUCUCUCAGAUGCAGGAAAGCGUCUUGAAAUGGCCAGGGCAGGAAUUGAACGUGCUCAUGGGAAGGAUUCUCUCCGCCUCAGAAUCUUACAAGGAGGUUGCUAUCCAGAACUUGCAUUGCAUUUGAGGAUGGAGCUGCUUGAAGGGGUGGUGGCAUAUCAUACUGGCCAAUUGGAGAAGUCAAGAAAUGUAUUAGCUUCUGCAAGAGCAAAGUUUGCCCAGCUGCAAGUGCCAGAUGAAGCCUUAUCACUUGUUAUGAGCAUGGGCUUCAAAGAACGUGGUGCAAAGAGAGCAUUGCGAAUGAACAAUCAAGAUGUUGGGAGUGCCAUUGAUUUCCUUGUUGCAGAGAAGGCAAAGAAAAUGCAAAAACGGGAGGAAGAUAUUCGGAGAAGAAAUGAAAUUAGGGAACAAAAGAGUUAUGGAAUGACACCCUCAAAGAAAGCUGUGGAUAUAGAUAGAUUGAAGGAAUUGGUCUCUAUUGGGUUUGAAAAGGAACUAGCUGCUGAAGCCCUGAGAAGAAAUGAAAAUGAUACUCAGCAGGCAUUAGAUGAUUUGACAAAUCCAGAAACAAAUUCAGCUUUGCAGGAUAAUAUCGAGUCAAGGAAAAGGAAGAGACAAAAACAAGAAACAGAUUCUGCAAUUGAAAAUGUUGUGCAAAUGGGUUUUGAAAGAUCUAGAGUUGUUGCUGCUUUUGAGGCGGGUGGCAAUUUAGAACAAGUUCUGCAAAGACUGACGGCACUACCUGAGGCGGGUAGCACUUCUGAAAAUAUCCAGCCUCAAGUUAACUCUAGUGUUGCUCCCAAUGGCAGUGCAAGUUCAUCUGCUCCUCUACCAGAUGAUGUUAUUUCUGAUGUUCUAGACCAAAUGAAUGAGGUUGAAGAUCCAUCCGUCGCAGAAGAACGAGAUGUGGAGAUGGAAGAUGAGCUCUCUGCAGAUAUAGCAAAAUCUGAUGCAUUGGAUGAUUAUGACAUUGAAGUUGACAUAGAAGGGCAAGCCAUAACUGAGUACCUGACUCUGCUUGAGUCUUCAAGCAGCAGUGGGAAAGUGGUUCCUUCCCAAUAAGAAGAGAAUGAUUUUGAAGUGAUUCAGGCUCAGUUUAUGUAAAUAGCAGGAUGACAUAGAUAUUAAAUAAUGGACGUGCUUUUUCUCUUCGUUGCUAGGAGUACAUAGCUUGAUGAGUACAUGUGCUCAUUCCCAGGAGUUCUAUAGUAGUUUUAUUUUUAGUUUAUUUUCUUUAGCAUUAAAUACUUAAUUUGCGUACUUGCAAAAGAUAAUUAUGGAAAGUUCUCAAAAUUUAUGCUAAUCUAAAGUUAGAAUAGGUAGUGUUUGUUUUUCA